CAAACUCCUUCCCACGGGGAGGCGGUGUGGAGCUGCCUUCCAUUCACCUUAAUGCAUAAAAGGAAAAAAACUUUCCUAAAUUCAUUGUCUCUGCCUAACGUCAUGGAAAGAGUUACUUUGUUGCAGAGAAGGAUAGCAAGAGAAUCUAAAACGAUUGAAGGGAACGUGUGUUUUUAAGGUUUUUCUUUGGCAUCAGAGAAGACAAUAGAGUGCGCGUUGUAUUGCGCGUUGUAUUUGUCUUUGCAAUAUGCUGGGGCUGGAUGCUUGCGAACCUGUUUUGUUCUGAAAAUGGAGCAAGUUCCUGAAGGAAUGUGGAUCAAGCCCAGCAUGCACUAGGAUGUAGUCAUUACUCAUCGUAGGCUACUCCGCACAGUCAAAAUGUUAUUCUUCUUCCUCUGCCACUUUGUUUCUGUUCUGGGACUAAAGGUUGCGACAAUGUUUUGAUGUUAUUUCAAAUCGGGAUGUCUAACGAGCUGGGUUGUGGUGGAUUGCUUUUCUUGCACCAAGGAACGAUAACGCCUCUCCAAGGGAUUACAGUGGUCGUCUCCAUCUUUUCAAUUGUUUCUUGGAAAUAACUUUUUUUUUAUUCCGCCGGUGCGCCCUUUGUCAGAGAGAUGCGGGGAUGAAGUUGGAUUUUUGAUGCAUUGGCAGUGGUCCUGGACAAACUGUUUUGAUUGGUAAAGUCAUGAGAUGUUUGGAAAUAUCCCUUUACAAAGUUAUAGGCUACUCGGAGCCUAGCGGAAUGAUUCCUUUGUAGCCAUCUGCACACCACUGCAAUUGUGACACAGUAUUUUCUAGUAGGCUACGAAAACAAUUGAGAAUUUAUGUAACGUGCGUCAUUCAUAAGCAUAGCUCUCAUACGUUGUUUUAGACCAUUAUUCACAUGCUUAAAGCACGGCUCUGUCAUAACAUGUUUAUAAACAGCCGUCGUUAGGUCUUCUCCGCUGCUUUCAUUCCGCAAGAUUUUUUAUGAAAACUUGGAUGACGUCAACUGCGUAAUUGAAAGCAUAAAAGCUUUAUAACCCUUUCCUUUGUGUGUAUGUUGUACCAUUUCCAAAGGACACUAGUCUGCUUACCCUGUGUUUGGCAAUGAGUUGAAAGCCGUUUCCCAUCCAAGGUAACAACCUUCGCACAGACUAUCUAUUCCAUUGUUGUUAUUGUUUUUAUUAUUCUGCCAGCUUAUAGAGCCACUAUGUCACUCAAAGCUAAGGCCUUAUACACUUUCCAAAGUGAGAAUAAAGAGGAGAUCAGUAUAGAGGAGAAUGAGGAGCUGGUGAUCUUUGACGAAACCUCCAUAGACGGCUGGUUGCAAGGGGAGAACAGCAAAGGGCAAAGGGGCAUUUUCCCUGCCUCGUAUGUGGAGAUCAUUAGGCCGCGCUCUAACUCUAACCUGACAGACUGCUCCAUCAGCCCGGCGGGCUCACCUGGAAAUGACUCUUCCUUUUUCCACUCGGGGUCAAACACCAUGUCGUCCUUCCAGUAUGACGACGAUGACGACGACUGGGAUGACUGGGACGACAGCUCCACAGUGGUGGAGGACGAGGACCACCCGGGGGGGCGAGGGGGCAUGGGGGCCAACGGCCACGCUCACCAGAGCCCGUACAACAACCCCAACGUCCACUACCGCUCCAAGCCGCACAUGGAGAGGCAGGACAGCAUCUCCAGCUCCAGGAAAGGCAGUAUGGUGGGCAGGAACCUCAACCGCUUCUCCAGCUUCGUGCGCUCGGGGGUGGAGGCCUUUGUGCUGGGCGACGUGCCCAUGAUGGCCAAGAUAGCCGAGUCUUACUCCAUAGACAUGAGCGCCAAGGGGCCGGAGUGGCGGGAGAGCCCGCAGCCUUUCAACUGCUCCAUCGAGGAUCCCACCAAGCAGACCAAGUUCAAGGGCAUCAAGACCUACAUAUCGUACAGGGUGACCCCCAGCCACACGAGCCGCCCCGUGUACAGACGUUACAAGCACUUUGACUGGCUGUACAACAGGCUACUGCACAAGUUCACCGUGAUCUCCGUGCCCCACCUGCCCGAGAAGCAGGCCACGGGCCGCUUCGAGGAGGACUUCAUCGAGAAGCGCAAGCGGCGGCUGAUCCUCUGGAUGGACCACAUGACCAGCCACCCGGUGCUCUCGCAGUACGAGGGCUUCGAGCACUUCCUGAUGUGCGCCGACGACAAGCAGUGGAAGCUGGGCAAGCGGCGGGCGGAGAAGGACGAGAUGGUGGGCGCCCACUUCAUGCUGACGCUGAAGAUCCCCAACGAGCACCAGGACCUGCAGGACGUGGAGGAGCGUGUGGACACCUUCAAGGCCUUCGCCAAGAAGAUGGACGACAGCGUCAUGCAGCUCACGCACGUGGCCUCGGAGCUGGUGCGCAAGCACCUCGGCGGCUUCCGCAAGGAAUUCCACAGGCUGGGCAACGCAUUCCAGAACGUCAGCCAGGCGUUCAUGCUGGACCCGCCGCACAGCUCGGACGCUCUGAACAAUGCCAUCUCUCACACAGGCCGCACUUAUGAAAACAUUGGGGAGAUGUUUGCGGAGCAGCCCAAAAAUGACCUCUUUCACAUGCUGGACAAACUCUCCCUCUACCAGGGCCUGCUCUCCAACUUCCCUGACAUCAUCCAUCUGCAGAAAGGUGCGUUCGCCAAGGUGAAGGAGAGCCAGCGGAUGAGUGACGAGGGCAAGAUGGACCAGGACGAGGCGGACGGCGUGCGUAAGCGCUGCCGCACGGUGGGCUUCGCCCUGCAGGCGGAGAUGAGCCACUUCCACAGCCGGCGCGAGGUGGACUUCAAGGACAUGAUGCAGGCCUACCUGCAGCAGCAGAUCCUCUUUUACCAGCGCGUGGUGCAGCAGCUCGAGCGCACCCUGCACAUGUACGACGCUCUCUAAGACCCCACCCGACGCGCUGAGCCAUGCCCCCAUGCCCCCAUGCCCAUGGUCCUACACAUGCUCCAGUCUGUACUGUGCUCCUCCUUGCUCCUAAGGGCCUUCGCACAUCGGCUCCAACAAAGUGCAGAGCACUACUCUUCCAAAGUUCAAUUCCAUUGUUUUCAAUACAACCCCAUGCACCGGCGCCGGUGUCUGAAGAUGUCGGCUGGCGAUUAGGGGCGAGUUCUAUUUUGUCAGAACUACCCUUUGAUUAUUAUCCAUGCUCUGCUGUGGUGAAAUUGUGUGUGGGGGUAAUCGAACAUUGACUGAAGCGAAAGUGCUCCGCAGUGCUGUCUGUACCGAUGUGCGGAGGCUCUAACUCCUUCGAGAUCCCUCAACCCCUCAAGCCCUCUGCAUCUAUCUGCCCCCAUGCCUCAGCUAUACUCCUUUCGACCAGGGCCGGCCCUGCUCCACCCCACCCUACACCACUCCACCCCAGCCCAACAUCCCACCCUUCUCCACCCCACCCCACCCCACCA